AUGAAAGGAAUUCUUCCAGUUCCUCGGCCGAUAUGUUGGCCCCCAAAGCUCGUCGACAAUGAACUGGGAAUCGCAACCCUCUCACUGGGAAAUUGGCGUGAACACAAGCUGACAUCACGGCUCGAGGCUGCGGCGCGUGCUGGGUUCAGAUGGAUAGACCUCUUCGACGAGUGCUGGGCAGCUUACCUGGAAGAAAACGGGCUAGACGGCGAGAAGCUCUGGGAUCCAACCCCGGAGAACCUACGUGUGGCACACAAGCUGGGCGAUCUGGUAAAGGCGCUAGGGAUGCGGAUCUCGUGUACGCAGCCACUACGUAAGAUCGAGGGGAUCAAAGACCCUGUGGAACGAAGGGCCACGCUGGAUCUGGUUGCGAAGAGAUUCCCCUUCAUGCGGGCGUUCGAUACAGACUUGGUAUUCAUGUGCGCAAGCAUUCGGACGGAUGGCGGCGUCACAUCGGAUUUGAAGACCGUGGCCCAGGAUCUCGCCGAGAUGGGAGAUCUUGCUGCCGCGUUCGCCCAGGCUGACGGUGGAAAGAUGUUGAAGAUCGGAUAUGAAGGUCUCUCCUGGGCGACGCGGAACACCUGGUCCGCAUCAUGGGAGGCGGUGCGUGCCGCGAACAGGCCUAAUGUUGGCUUGGUGGUCGAUGCGUUCAACGUCCUCGCUGUUGAGUGGGCGGAUCCAUACAACUCGGCCCUGCAUGGCCGAAUCUAUUCGACGCUUCAAGAGUCAAUUGCCCUGCUCUGCCUGUCCCUCGCCUCCCUGGUAGCAUCAGUCCCUGGCGACCGGAUCUUCUUCUUUCAGGUGGGCGAUGCCGAGCUCGUGGAUCCGAGAAGUUUCCAAGGUCCUGCUGAACCGGAGACGCCUGCGUUGCUGCCCUGGUCGCGAGGCCACCGCCUCUACCCUUUGGAGACGGCAAAGGGUGCUUACAUGCCCGUCGAGCUGGUCGCGGCCGCCGUCCUGGCUACAGGUUACAAAGGGCCUCUCUCUUUAGAGGUUUUCAACACCUCGCUCAAUCUCCCAGGGGACAACGUGCCGACAGAUCAUGCCCGGCGUGGGAUAUCAGGUCUACGAAAGGUUCAAGAUUUGGUCAAGCUAGUUCCAGCUUUUUGGGAUGCUUCACAGGAAGUCCCUGUGGAGGACUUGGUUCGCCUGUAUCAAACUAAUCGACAACAACGAUCCUCGAAUUUAUGA